GUCAUAUUUGAGACACAGUGCAAUCAUGUUCUAGAAAACUAUAACGGAUUAUAAACUAAUUCUACAAAUCACGGUUUCUGCGGGCCAGUUAGCUACCCAAGAGCAAUGGGAUGCCAUCAUUUAAAAAUACUUGCAGCUUAAUUGAUCAUUAAUCAAACCAAAGUAAUACACCAAUAAACGUCUUAACAAGAUGAGCUGAUGCUCCCAAACAUGCCCAGGCCUCUCAGCCUUUCCUCAUAAGAGAGAUGCUCCAGUCCCCUAAUCAUCUCUGUGGCCCUCCACUGGACUCUCUCCAGCCUGUCCAGGUCUCACUGAAUGGCAGCACAGCUUUCUGGUACGCUCUGUUCCCUCGUCAAGGUCAUCGAUGAAUAUGUUGAACAAGACUGAGCCUAGUACCAAUCCCUGGGAAAUGCCACUGUGCACAGUCUUGCCUAACCCACACUUCCUAAGUUUAUCUGUGAGGAUGUUAUGGGAGUCAACGUCAAAAACCUCGCUAAAGUCAAGGUAGCAUCUGCUGCUCUCGCUUCCUCUACCCAGCCAGCUCCCUUCACGUCACAGAAGCAGGAAUAGGAUCCCACUAAUCAAUUGGCUUCAACUAAUUAUUAUUUCCAAGUGCAAGCACAGGAUUUUCUCCACAGACAGAGCACACACGCACCAAGCAUUCCUGCAGUCCCGGGACACUUCAGGAAGCCUCAAACCUAUCAUUCAUGUAAUUUGUUGCACUGUGUACCUGGCAUAAAGCUGCUUUUGGUGGAAAAAAAUGAUGUUACUGCCUCACUGUGGGAAUGGCAGGAACCCCCAUUAAGAACAGAGCUAUAAGAAAUCAGGAAAUCCCUAGCAGACAGAGUAAUUUCUCAAGAACUGCACAUGCAAACAUUCCUGGUAAGGACAAAUAAACAAACAAACAAAUAACCAACAAAAUAGAUAGAUAGAUAGAUAGAUAGAUAGAUAGAUAGAUAGAUAGAUAGAUAGAUGAAUAAAUGCAUACAUAGACACAUAAAUACAUAAAUAGAAGACAGAUCUAGGAAAACUUACUAUAGUCUGAGAUUUAACCCUCAGUGUGAGACAUGCUGACUAAGCUUCUUUCCAGUAGCGUUUAGCAUUCUCCAUUGGACAAACAGGUUUUUUUUUCUAAGGUCAGAAUUCUCCCUGUUCUGUCAUUAAGUCUUGCUCAUAAAUUGCUCAUUUAGAAUAUAGAAGAUUUCUUGAUCUCCUUCCUUCCUUCUUUAUCCUCUUUGGAAGAUAGUUAUUGAAUACAAGUAAAUGUAAAUUAAUAUUUUUUUUUCUAAUUCCCACUUUAAAUCUACUCACAACCUAUUUAUACCCAUUUGAUUUUAAUCCUUUAUUUUUUAGCAUAAUCAUUCCUCUUUGACGCUUAGCAGACUUUUUCAUAGCCCCUUUCAUCUCCACUUUCUUAAGUUAGACAAGGCAAGUUCUUUUACUGUCCUUUCAGAAGCCAUGAAGUCUUUCUACUCAUACCAGAAGACUGGACUUGUAUCUGUUACUCUUUAAGCUCAUGGUCAAUCAACAUAGUUGACUAGAACUGCACACAAUUCUCUAAAUGAGCUCCCAUCAAUAUUCUGCACAAAUUCUGCUCCUGCAUCUCCUGAAAAUCAUUUAUCUAAUGUACACUUGAAUCACAUGCACUUUUAACACCUUGCAUGCCAUUUUAGUCACUCAUUAAUGUCUUCCUGGCCCAAAGCAAAAGUUCUUGUUCUUAACCCUAAGUACAUGACUUUAUUAUUAAACUUGGGUUGAUUUCCAUCGUUCCAACACACAAAGCCUUCUCAUUCUGUGUAACUACGUGAUUCUCCCUAGUACUAGUAGCACCAUACUGAUGUUAUCUUCAGAUAUGCGCCCAGCUCUUGAACCAGACUCUUGACCUAAGUAUUGACCAGGAUCAGUCCCAUGAUCUAUGCCUGCAGAACACUGCUAGUAAUCCCAGUUAAACUCAAAAUUCUCUUUCUGCUUCUAAACUGAUGUAGCUUUAGCCAUCUCCUGAACCACUUUGCAGUCUUUCUAACCAGUCAUCCUCUCCUGAUUCUCAUUGCUUAAAAUGCUGUAAAGGACAUGAUAUGACAUACUCUGCUUAGAUCCAGAUAGAUCAAGCUAACUGUAUUAACUUUUGCCAAAAUUGCCAGUUAUAAUUUGUAAAGCAGAUAUUAAGUUAUUCAGAUGUAUUCCAUCUUUCAUGAAACCUAUCUCAAAUGUAGCUACCUAUACCUAAUAUUUUCUCUUCCAAAUUGAUUUACUAAAUCUGUUCUUGGAGCUGCAUAAUGUUGUGCUUAUCAAAUAAGCCUGUAGCUGCCCUUAGUAAUUUUCUGCUUUUUAGAAAAUAGGUAAUGUAUUUUCUAAUUGCUGCUAUAGGUAUUUGUACUAUCAAUAAUAUUGAUUUGUUUUUCAUUUUGUAAUUUUCACUGAAAACCAGCAGUUUGGGACUUAGAGCAAUAUAGCCAUCCUUUCAGUGCUCUAGUACUGAGAUUAUGGGGAAAUCUGAUUUCAUCAUAGAAUGCAAUUUAAAUCGUCCCUGCAACACAGAUAUGGUAGUUUCUAUUACUUUACUAUCAUUUUUAUUUGCCCCCACUACUUCAAAAAGAGAAGCUUGCUUAUUGAACAGUCAGUUGUUUUUUUUUACUUAGCAGUUGGACAUCACCCAAAAUAUAUCAGCGUUGUCUUUCUAUUCCCCGCAUUUAGCAUGUGCUUCACUCUUUCCUUCCUUCAUCUUUUUACAUCAAGCCUUCUGCCUUAGCUUGCUUUGCUGGAUCCAGCUCAGUGAGGUUUAUGGCUAUAUGCCCUUUCUUCCUUCGUUUUUUCUGCAUAGGAAGUCUGCAGUAGUGCAGAACUUUAAUAUCCCGUCAGACCAGGACAACCUUAUUUUUCUGAUAAUAUCAGCUAUGAAGAGCUGAAUAAUCAAAGGUUAAUUAGCAGAAAUAUAUUUCAGCUUAUUAGAGGAAUAAAAUUACUCCAGCUUUUAAAUAUCCAUGAAAAUCCAAGCCAGAAGAAGGUGUUCAUGCGGUUGGUAGUGAAGCCUGCAUACACCAAAAUUCAGGAACCUCAAGUAUGAAAGACAGAAAAGUAAAUAUAUUUGCCUUUUUAAUUCAAAGAUUAGUAAAAACAUCACUAUAUUUUUUCUCAUCUGCUGAGACCUGUUUUUCAUUGUAAUCUUGGAGGUCGUAAAAUGAAUGUUCACUCACUGUCAUUCGUCCUUCACAGUGCCACAGUGUAUCCCAAACAAAUGCUGUUAAAAAUUCUGUUAGGUCGCUGAUAAUACGCAAAACAAGGAUUUUGCUGAUAUCUUUUCCUGUGAAGGCUGGAUAGGCCACAUACACUUUCAAAAAAGGAAGUUCACAGUGAAGGACAAAGAACAUUUUUUACUCUCUCUAGUACAGAGCAUACUCUUUAGCAGACUUGUGGAGACAGAGAGUCCAAAACUAUGGAUGGCAAGUCAGAUGUGAAGUCACUCAUGGCAAAAUUUAACACAGGUAACAUCACCAGGGAGGAUGUUACUGGUAACAGUCGACCCUUCAAAGUCCCGGGACAACCUAUCCAUACAGGACUACAGACGAAGAAAGCAGUACUUGAGAAAUUUGCAAGUCAAGAAAAUGCAGCUUUUACUUCAGGACACAGUACCUUUCACAAACCUGUUCAUCCUAAGCCCCCUCUGGGGGUCAAGCCUUCAAUUGAUGAUAAAGCAGAGAAGAGUACAAAAUCCCCGUAUUUGAAACCAGUGGCACAAAGGUUUGGAGUUCAGCUUCAGGCAGCUAACAGAGAAAAUGAUGGAAAAGCUGGAUGCACUAAACCUCCCACAAAAAUGAAUGACUUGGCAAAUGAAGAGCCAAAGCCUCUGUAUCCAAAACCUGCAGGGAACAAGUUCCUUACUUCUGCUCCUCAAGAGAAAGAAAAAAGUCCUCUGGGAACAAAAUCAAAUUCAAAUUUUGCACCACAGAAUAGUGACGCAAAACCGGCAUUUUCCAAAGUAAAUGCAGUUAAGGAAAAGUUCACAUGUGCAACACAAGAAAAUGAGCCCAAGACUCCUCUCUCUAAACCACCUCUUGCACAGAAACCUUCUCUAAACCAUGAGGUCUCCCACACUGAAGACACUUCUAAUAAAAAUGUUUUUCUGCAAAAAGGACUAUCAAGCCCUAGACCAAAUAUGCACUCAUUUAAAGCAGCAAAGGAAAUGGAUGAAAAUAGUAACUGUGCUGCAGAAGCUGAAGGCAGUCAUUUUUGUCAUGUGGCUCUGAAGCCUGUUGGUCAGUGGUCCAGCUCACCUCAAGGCAUCCCCGAAAACAUGGAGCAAAAGACUGAAGAAAAGGGAACGAGUGCUGCCAAGAACAUCUUUCUCAAUAAAAUUAUUCAGGAAGAAUCAGGUUCAUCUCCUAAGUUUCAUAAGACGAACACAGCACUUGCCGCAGGAAGGCCAACAGGUGAAUCACAAGAGAAAGGGGAUGGGGACAGGAGUUUAGGAACACCCAAGCGAAAACCCUUGACCCCGCUGUUCAAGCUGGGACAGCCCCCACAGAAGCCCAGCAGACCCCCCUGCGUGGACCUGGAAGUUUUCCGGAAGAGCAGCCCAAAAGACUGCCCUAAAAGUGAAGGUUUGAAGCAGAUAGCACCUUCCUCAGCAGCACAGUCCCCACCUGUACCUCCACCACACUCUGCUAUGCAGCUGCCACCUCCUCCACCAGCCUCUCACCCAUCCCUGCAGUUCCCAGCAGCGCCCAGUCUGCCUCCCAGAAACAUCAAGCCCAGCUCUGAAACAAUAAGUCCAGAAGAAAAUUAUGAUGAUGUUGAAUUUGUUUCACGGGGCCAUGGAAACACAGACGGCGGUCAAGAAAGUGAUGGAGAGAUGUAUGAAGACAUAAACGACAUCAGAUCAUCAAGGGAAAAAGAGAAGAAGCGGGACAAGGAAGAAAAGAAAAGAAUGGACCAAGAGAAGAGAGAACAGAAGGAAAAGGAAAAGAAAGAGCAGGAAAUAAGGAAGAAAUUCAAAUUAACGGGACCCAUCCAAGUCCUUCAUCAGGCACGAGCUUGCGUUGACCACAAGGGAGGGAAGAAUGAGCUGACCUUCAAACAGGGGGAAGAGAUUGAAAUAAUUCGCCUCACAGACAACCCUGAGGGAAAGUGGCUGGGCAGGAUAAAAGGAUGUUAUGGAUACAUUAAAACAACCAUGGUGGAGAUUGAUUAUGAUUCUUUAAGAAGAAAGCAGCAAACACCUGCCAGAACUCCUGUGAAACACACAGAGACUGACCAAGAAGUUUAUGAUGACGUUGGAGAGCAGGACGGUAGUAGCAGUCAGAGUGGUGGUCGAAGUGGAGCUGAAAAUAUGUUCUCACCUCCUCCUUCUGAUCAAGACAUUUAUGAUGGGAUUGAUGAUGAAGAUACUGUAACUAGGUCUGUAUCGCAGGAUGAAGAUAAGAAUGGUAUCUGGUCCUGGGGAAUCUUGAAGAGGCUAAAAGUCAAAGAUGAGAAAAAGAAAAGUGUACGAGAAAAAACAACCAAAGUCAAUGGGGCAGAAGAUAAUGGAGAUUCGUUCAUGUCUCCUUCCACAAAGCAGUCUGGAAAAGAUUGUGAAGACAAUGAUGUCUAUGAUGAUGUAGAUUCUUCAGACUUCCCUUCACCACCUGAACUCAAGCAAGUGAAAACGGGAAUUACUCCCCUGAUUAGAAAUCUUUCAAAAUCAGCAAGCCUUGGAAAAUUUAAAUCAGAUGAAAAAGAUGCACAAAAGCUUAAAAAGAUAGAAAAAGAAGAGAAGGAGUUCAGAAAAAAGUUCAAAUUUGAAGGUGAAAUUAAAGUCCUUUACUCUACCACCACAGUCCAAGAUUUGCCCCAGAGAAGAUGGGGACCUAAAGACUUACAAAUUAAACCAGGAGAGUUUCUUGAAAUUAUAGAAAGUACGGAUGAUACCAAGGUCCUGUGCAGGAAUGAAGAAGGAAAAUAUGGCUAUGUUCUGAGAAGCAAUUUAGUUCAGAAUGAUGGAGAGAUUUACGAUGAUAUUGGUGAUGAUUGCAUCUAUGAUAAUGACUGAUACUUCAGACUUCCUAAUUGUGAAAGCAAGAGAAAUCACUAAAGCUGAUUACAAGUUAAUCAAUUACACUCUUCUAAAUGUACAAUUAACCUUCUUUAAUAUUUUAGGGUUUUGUCAUCCCUGGCUUUGUAUUAUGUUUGUAUAUAUCAUUUAUCUCAGCAAUUAAAAAUUAGGAAUACGAACAAAGUUAAGGUUAUAAUUUUCCACUUCCUUUCCACAUUUGUGACAGUAUAUGUUAAAAACAGUUCUUCAAUUAUCUAUACCCAAAGAGGCCACUUCAGGUCUGUGAAGAAUACAGAGGACAACAAACCCUGGGAACAGGUUUUACUCUGGGUCCGGUCUAUUAAAGAGCAGAGACCACCACUCUGGGGAGGACUGUAUCCUGAAAAGAAAAGCUUUCUCUAGUGAUAAUAUCCUGUUGUGAAAACAGGAAAUCAAAACUGGGCAUCGGAGAAGACAAUGCAUUGCUGACCUGCCAUUCCAACGGCAAUAGUGUUAGCUACACUGACAUGUACACCCAUGCACCUUCAUUGCUGAAGUUUCUUUUUCUACUUUGUACUAACGAUAGAAUACUGCUUCCUAAAAUUUAUUUCGCCAUUUUACAGAACUUUUUGACUAAUAGUAAAAUUGUAACAGUGUUAUACAUGUCACAUACAGCACUCUGAGAUAUAAACCACAGAAGAGUCUAUUUUAUAGGAUAGUGUUGCUGAAAAUAUAUUCAGAACAUUCAGAUUAAGAUUUCACUUGUUUAGUUGGUGUUGUCACUGUAGUAAUUUAGGUAUUAGAAUGGACAUCUAAACUUACGAUAAACUCAUUAGAAAUAACUUCUAGUUUAAAUAUAUAAGUAUAGAUAUCACAUCAUUUGAUAAUAUACAUUUUUUAAGUAUUAUAUUUUACAGGAGACUUGGCUAAACAAGAAUAUGAAAAUUAAACAUUUCCAUGUUUAUCCAUCGUACAAAUAACAUUUAUUUCUAAAAAUCAUGAUGUUGCUGUAAUCUGAAUAAGUAAGUAGCAAAUCAAGGUAAAACAAAUGGAUGAAUUGUAAUAAUAAAUAUCACUUUGCACUCAUAUAUCAGAAUUCACUGCAAACCAACAAAACACUUGCAGUGAACUCCCAGAAAAGAGGGUGGAACACUUUUUGUAAUGUGUAAUGCAUGAUGCUUUUGCUGUAGCUCAAGAUAAUCAGAAACGUGUAACAACCAGUGUGGCUAGAUCAGUGCAAGCAUCUCUUGGUGAUAAUUGUCUCCUGUAGUCCUCAAGGGAAUAAGGUACACUGAGCAAACCAGUGCAAUAUAGCAAGUUAACAAGGUUAGCUUAUAAAGACAAAAAGAUUUUGGUUCUGUUGAAGUCAAUGGGCCUUGGUCUUACUUUUCAGUGGAGCUGAGAUUUCGUCUUUCACAAGUGCCUUUUACUGAUGAUUCAAAACACAGUAAAUCUCUAAGGAGGUACAAUACUAUGGGGAUAUCAAACAUACAAUUAAUUGUAGAUAUAAUAGCCUAUAAGCUAUUUUAUACUGUAUUUAAAAUUACUGAUAAUACACUGAAAAUCUAUAUACAGACUUGAGUUUCCUGUUCUAUAUUUGCUAUUCAACCAGCAUCUGGGCAUACAAAUACCAAUUUUACGUGUAAACAUCAGCACCAGCACCCAAAUUUGAAACACGACCUUGAAUAGUAAGUACAAUGAAUGUGUUUGACCACUUGUCUAUGUCACUGCUGGUGGUUUAUUUGUUUUUCAGGGGCAUUCAAGAGGGUAUCUGCAUUAAAUUAGUGAUAUACCAAAAAACUGAGAGGGAACACAGACAUUUAGAAAUACACAACCACUUGUUAACAGUGGUUAACAAGUUAAUAGUGGGGAAACGUAGUUUUAUGCUUUGUAUGUGCCCAGUCUUGUUUUAGUUUUAACUCAUAGUAGAACUUCAUGUGUUGCAGUAAGACCAAUAAAUGAACUUCCAUGUUGAAUGCAGUUUGUCUUGUAUUAAAGGACCUCAGUAGAACACAAACCUCUUGUCCUCCUGAAAAUGAAGUGAAUUUUAUUCUUUGUGAGAUUUUUCGUUCAUGUAUUUAGAAGAGCUUUUCGAUGUUCCUAGUCUUGAUCUCUUGUGGGUACUGUUUACUUACUGGUUAUACUGACUGGAUUGGUCACAUAAUACAUUAAAAUCAAAAUAAAUACAAGAUACAUCAAGCUAAAAAUCUGUGCAUUGUUUACACAGAUCAAAUAUAAUGUAAUUGUUACAAGGUGUCAAAACGUAAUUAUAAGGUACUUCAUAAAGAAAAAUUGCUGGUAUCAUAUCUUUUUUUCAUUGUUUUACCGAUGCUGUUUAGUGGAUGCAUUUAUUUUCUUUCUUCUGAAUAAAAGUGUGCUU